AUGUCUAAGCUGGAGUCAUCAGAAUCACUUAAACAAAUAGACUGUACUCCAUAUGCAGAGAAACAUCAAACCAAUAAUUCGUCUCAUCCAGAUUUCUCUGACUGGCAUCGAGUAGAAACAACUCAUUCAGUUCAACCUUUGGGAGAGUUGCAAGAUUCGUGUUCUUUGCCCAUUUCUGUAAUAGAUUCAAAUGAUGCACAAACACAACCUGUUCCUCUACUUUCCCAAAAUAACUCUGUGGCUGAUCUUACUGAAACUGGAAACCACAGGGUGACUCUAAAUGUGGGUGGUAUCAAACAUCAAGUAAUGUGGAGUACUUUGAAGCGCUUUCCUCAAACCCGCUUGGGUCGUUUACGGCAAUGUCAAGAUCCUAAAGAAUUUGAAGAAUACUGUGACGAGUAUAAUCCUGAUGAAAAUGAGUUUUUCUUUGAUCACAAUCCUGCAUCAUUCACUUCAAUUCUUAAUUUUUAUCGCACUGGAAAAUUUCAUUUCGCAGAUGGACUUUGUGUGAGAGCACUCAUUGACGAUUUUGAUUACUGGAAGUUAAAAGAAACCUGGAUGGAGCCUUGCUGUAUGAGCAAAUACUAUGAAAAAAAUGAGUCAAUAUUAACUGACUUAGACAUUCAACAGUUCACUUUUAAAACAGAAAUAUAUGCAUUUGGAGAAGGAAAGUGUGCACGAUAUAAAGAGUUUAUCUGGAAUUUAAUGGAAAGACCUAGUACUUCAAUAGCUGCUAAAUUCAUCACCAGCUUCUCCAUGUUAUUCAUUCUGCUAUCAAGCAUUACACAGAUUGUAGGUACCAUACCUUCCUUAAGGGAAGAACAUGAUGAACAUGACGAGAAAGAUAUUCAGCUACAUGUAGAUAACGAAAAACUGGGUACUAUUGAAGUUAUUUGUGUGAUUUGGUUUAACAUAGAGUAUACGUUAAGGUUUUUUUCUGCACCAAACAAAUGGAAGUUUUUUAAAAGUAUUCUAAACCUCGUUGACUUCUUAGUCAUUGUCCCAUACUUUGUGUCUUCAAUCCUUGUAGCUACAAACACUGUCCCUGAAAAUUUUGAAAGUGUUCAUGAAAUGAUUCUACUCUUCCGUCUGGGAAGGGUUUUGAGAAUUUUGAAAUUGGCUCGACAUUCGUCAGGUUUGCAAAGUUUUGCAUAUACAAUGAAGAAAAGUUUACGAGAGUUUGGAUUGCUGAUCUUGUUCUUUGCCAUUGCCAUCAUGUUUUUUUCUAGUCUGGCUUAUUUUGCAGAGAAAGAUGAACCCGAAACACUUUAUACCAGUAUCCCUUCUACCUUUUGGUGGGCAUGUGUUACUAUGACAACUGUUGGUUUUGGAGACAUGGUUCCCGUUACUUUACCUGGCAAACUAAUAGGCAGCAUUUGCUGCAUUUCUGGUGUACUAGUUGUGGGUAUGCCUGUACCCAUCAUUGUCAACAACUUUGCAGAAUUUUACAAAAAACAGAAGAUGCUCCACAAAGCUCUGUUGAGACAAAAAAUUAUAGAAGAGACCAAAAAUACGGACACGUUACAGAUCCCUUCUUCACGUUCUUCGCUCUGGUCUUCGUCACCAGGAACUAUUUUCUGCAAGAUAAAAUCGCGAUUCACCAGCAAGGUGAGCUCUCAGUUUUUUUAA